AUGAACAAUAUUGAGGAAACUGGAGAUGGGUCACCAGUGUUAUAUGAUGAUGAUGAGGAUUUGAAUGUUGGGGAGGUGGUCGAGGGAAGAAUGGAGGUGGUGGUGGCUUUGGGGAAGAAGAGGAAGAAAAUGAGAAGAGGGAUAGAGCCAAAGGAAGGAUGUGAUGAAACAAUAAUAAAGGAGGGUCGUUUACAAGACCCUUUAAUUGCGUUUGGUUCAGAUAUAAUGAUGAUGAUACUGAGCCAUCUUGACGUAGGCAGCGUGGCACUCUCUCUUCUUGUCUCUCCUAGGUGGAAUGGAGUUGCUUCCAACGAUAGGCUUUGGACCAGCAAGUUGUACAAGCAAGAUGACAGGAAUCGUACAAUGCAACUAGAAGUUCUUAGUGGGAUUCUAAGGAUAUUUGAAGAAGAUGAGUUGGCUGAUCUCUUCACUAUGCGGCUUAAUGGGAAGAUUUUUCACUCUGCAAUUUCCAUGGUUCGCAUCGUGAAGGAUGAUCUAUAUGAUCAUGCUUGGGAAUUCCAUUUUAACGAGGCGGCUCCAGAUUAUUGGCCAAAUCUUGAUCCUUACAGGGAGGGCAUAGGGCCUCCCAUGCGACGCUACUUUCAUCCAGAUGGAAGCCAAAGUGCAGAUCCAGGUGACAAAGUAUAG